AUGCAGCCCGCCCAGCCUGGGAGGAGGAAUGUCGCGACUGGGACCAGUGUUGCAGGUGCUUCCGCCGAGGUUGCCAUGCUGGCUUCGACUGAGCCUUGGGAGGCUCAGGCGCGCCGGGUUCCGCGACGGCCGGGGUCGAAACAAGAGAUCCAGCUCGAGCGGAUGUUGGGAGGGGGUGACUUUGAUUUCGGAGAGUUCAAGAGCCGCAGCAGAAGAGAAGCUCAGGCCCCUUUGCUUGCAUCCUCAAUUCCGAGGGACCCCGUUCCAGCAGUCCUGGAAGCCGUGGUGAAAUUCAAGCAGGAGGCCUCGGCUUGUGUGCAGAAGUACCUCGCUGAAAGGGCUCUCCCAGCGCAAGAACCAAAAGAAGCUCCGGGUCCUUCGGCAGCUUUGAGCUCGCAUCUCGAACGAAGGCGGCCAUCCACGCGGAGCAUUCCUCGAGAAGAGCCUGCAGGCGUGGCUGCGCCAGGAUCAGAGGGAGUCCUCUCCGGCAGCCGUGAGGCCGGCUGCAAAAGCCUGCAAAGGAGGUGUUUCUUCGCUGUGAACACCGGCGUGAGAACUUCAGUCGCAGUGCAAAAGGGUUGGGGUUCAAAGCCAGGACCAGGAGGCCUUCGAGCCUGGUGUCGAAGACAAAGUCGACGAGGUGACAAGACACCUUUUGCAGGCCAGGGAGAAGAUCGAAGCUGUUGA